UUAGCAUUAACCUCCAGCUCGGUGCGGGCAGACGGACGGUGUCGCUCCGCGGGCUCACAUCUGCCAUUGCCGCUGUUCUGUGUUGGCUUCUUUCAGCGGUUUCUCGAUUGUUCUCCCUCCUCUGAGCAGACCUCCUCCCUGCUAACCCCCAGCCUGGUCUGUGAGCAGGUCAACUCAGCCGUACUGCGGUAGUUCGGAGGUUUAAUCGGCGGUAAAUCUGAGCGGCGGUACCCGGCCGGACACACGCUGAUGGCGGUCACCAUUGAGGAUCUGUACCGAAACUACGGAGUCCUGGCCGACGCUAAGGACAACCUGAGCCAGCAUAAAGAUGCGUACCAAGUGAUUCUGGAUGGUGUUAAAGGAGGUCCAAAGGAGAAGAGACUGGCAGCCCAGUUCAUCCCAAAGUUCUUCAGUAGCUUUCCAGAACUGGCAGAUGCAGCCAUCAACGCUCAGCUCGACCUCUGUGAAGACGAAGAUGUUUCAAUCCGACGACAGGCCAUUAAGGAGCUUCCUCGGUUUGCGACGGGUGAGAACAUCCUCAGAGUGGCAGAUAUCCUCACUCAGCUCCUGCAGACAGACGAUACAGCAGAGUUCAACCAGGUGAAUGCAGCACUUAUUUCCAUCUUCAAGAUCGAUGCUAAAGGGACUCUUGGUGGCCUGUUCUCCCAGAUCCUACAGGGAGAAGACAUUGUACGAGAACGAGCCAUUAAGUUUCUGUCCACUAAACUGAAAAGUCUGCCUGAGGAUGUCAUGACUAAAGAGGUGGAAGAGUACGUCUUCACUGAAACAAAGAAGGUGAUGGAAGACGUUACAGGUGAGGAGUUCGUCCUGCUGAUGCGGGUCGUGUCCGGGCUCCGGGUUCUGCAGACGGUCAACGGUCGGCAGCAGCUGGUGGAGCUGGUGGUGGACCAGGCGUUUCUGGAGCAGGCCCUGAACCCAGCAGACCCAGACACUGUGGACCGGCUGCUGCAGUGCACUCGCCAGGCGCUGCCGCUGUUCUCUAAAAAUGUCCAUUCCACUCGUUUUGUUACGUACUUUUGUGAACAUGUCCUGCCGAACCUCAGCGUUCUGACAAGUCCUGUAGCUGAACUGGACAUUCAGCUGGAGGUGUUGAAGCUUCUGGCUGAGAUGAGUCCGUUCUGUGGAGACAUGGAGAAACUGGAGGCCAACCUCAACAUGCUGUUCACAAAGCUGCUGGAGUUCAUGCCUCUUCCUCCAGAAGAAGUUGAGAACGGAGAGAACUCUGCGAGCGAGGAGCCCAAGCUGCAGUUCAGUUACGUGGAGUGUUUGCUCUACGGCUUCCAUCAGCUCGGAAAGAAACUGCCCGACUUCCUGUUGGACAAAGUGGACCCAGAGCGGCUCAAAGACUUCAAGAUCAGGUUACAGUAUUUUGCCAGAGGUCUGCAGGUUUACAUCCGGCAGCUUCGAGUCGCCCUACAAGGAAAGACUGGAGACGCUCUGAAGACAGAGGAGAACAAGAUCAAAGUUGUGGCUCUGAAGAUCACCAACAACAUCAACGUCCUCAUCAAGGACCUGUUCCACAACCCUCCGUCGUAUAAGAGCACAGUGACUCUGUCCUGGAAGCCCGUCCAGAAGAGCGAAGCAUUAGCGCCAAAACGUCCGUCGUCGGAGGAGAUGGGAUCUGGAGGCGGCACAAAGAAACAGAUUCCACCUCAGCCCCGGAGGGACGCGCGACAGAUCUACAACCCCCCCAGCGGCAAGUACAGCGCCUCCAUCGGGAACUUCAGCUACGAGCAGCGCGGCGGUUUCCGAGGAGGUCGGGGGCGGGGCUUCGGAGCCAGAGGAGCCAGGAGCCGAGGGCGAAUCUACUGAAAACCCCCGAGUGACACAGCGGUGUCCCGGGUUCCAAGUGGUUCGGUGAAUCGCAUCCCAUCCGGAUCUUUGUGUACAAACAGACUCUUCACAUCCUCUUGGUUUUUUUUAAACUGUCUCUUUGUCUUUAAAUCCAUCAUUUUCAGCAUCUCCGACUUUUCUACCUGCCAUUUUAAGAUUGCCUCCCCGUGUCCCCGUGUGCGUCUCGGCCAAGGCGAUAGAUUCGGUCCAUGUUUGUCUCCUUUAUUUUUUUAAUAUUCUGUGUCUUUUUGUGGAACAACCGACUGCCACGUUGUGUGAUAGAUAUUUUUUUCAGAUCGUUGUAGGAAAAGAUAAAGACCCUCUUGUUUUAUGCAACAUAUUGAUGAAUGCUUUAGUUUUAUUUAAUCCUGUCUUCUUUUUUAAUUAGAGCUUGAGUUGAAUUGGUUGAUGGAGACUUUGUACAAAUCAAUGAUGUUGUUUCAUUGGAUUUUUAUCAUAAACUUGUAUGAAGUAUGAA